CAAUACUAAUUUCAAAAUGCAUACGUGGAUUUUGGCAAUAGUUUUUCUCGUGACCAUUUGUGCGCCAUUGAACUAUGGAAGUACAACGGAAGAAAUCACCACUGCAACCACUAUUAGAACUGACGAUAUUUCAGAGGCCACUUCCGGCACGACUUUCUUUCUUCCUGUUUCUACAGUGCAACACACGUGCAGGACAAAGUUAAAACCCCGUGAAGAAGUAGAAACCAAUACAAAACCAUCCAUUACGAAAAGCAAUGCCGCUCUAUUACUUUUGCUCGGAUUUGGUGGAUUUUCGAUUUUGGUGGCUGCCGCGUACAAAUCGCUCCGGAAGUACGUGUAUCACGACGAGCACAAUCUUGAUACCGUGUUUGACGCCGGUGGGAGGGUGAGCCUCAGUCUCACAGCCGUCACUGUCACCUCACAGCUCCUCUGGCCGGCUGACUUUCUUCAGAGCUCUACACUAUCCAGCAGGUCAGGCUUUGGAGGAACUCUUUGGUUUUCGGUUGGCGUUAUUGUGGACCUUUUGCUUUUUCCAGUUUUGUCUAUUUUUUUAAAGACAAGGGCUCCGGGUGCAAAGACCUUCCCACAGAUCGCUUAUGCUCGAUUUGGAAAUGCUGGUCACGUUAUGUUUUGCAUUCUAGCCAUGAUCUCUAGCUUAAUCGUUUGCACAAGCAUGCUGCUGGCUGGGAAGAGUGCUCUUGAGGUUCUUACAAAGGAUGUUAACAACGAGUUCAUCUAUCUUGUACUCGCCUUCUUAUUCGGGUCAUAUUGUAUGAUUGGCGGACUCGGAACGACUUUUUAUAUUUCAUAUUUUAAUACAGCGUUGACCUUUCUAUCAGUGACAGUGUUUGUCCUGUACACAAGCUACUUUCCCUCUGAGGAAAGCAAAGAAUAUUCGAGCAUGGAGGCACUUUAUACGGCAGCAAUUUGUGUUGAAGGGCCUGAAACGAACUACGAGCAAUCACACGCCACGUUUCGUACCGAAUCCGGUUUGAUUUAUGGCGUUGUUCUACUAUUUAUGGCAACAUCAACUAGUUUCACAGACCAGGCUAAUUGGCAAAGUCGAAUAGCUGCAAAACCGUCUCAAGGGGUGUUGGGAUAUUUUAUGGCCGCAUAUUUGUGGUUCGUGAUAGCCCCUUGUCUGUCUGUAACUGCCACAACCAUAUACUUUGCAAUGAGUUUAAAAAACGGUACGCACCUGCUGUCAGAUAAUGAGAUUGAUAACGGAUAUAUUACCCCGUUUGUGAUGAAUCUCCUGCUUGGUGAGACAGGCAACUAUCUGCUGCUAACCAUGUUGAUGAUGGCUCUCAUGUCCACAGGGUCAGGGGAAGUAAUGGCCAUCUCGUCCAUUGUCGUCUAUGAUAUAUACAAGACAUACAUUAACCCAUUCAGGAAACAUCUUUCACCUACGAGUUGUGUCUUGUGUGGAAAACAAAAACAACUUUCGGAAUCAAAAAUGGGCGGAGACUUUUGCACUUGCUCUUCGUCGAUUGGUUGCAAAUCGUGUGACGUAGAUAUUACUACGCGUGCGCGUGUUGGAGUGGAAAGGAUUGUAUACACGUGCAGCGUUCACGGAGAAUACAGACGAUAUGAAGAUGGAUUGAUGCGUUACAAGAGUUGGUGUAUCAUUUUGGUAGUGAUAUUAUUAAUUCCCUAUGGAUUGAUUAUUUCGGAGACUGACGUGUAUGUGAACUGGGCAACCCUUCAACUUCAAGUUCUGACAUGCCCAUUCCUUAUGCCGUUGUUUCUCACAAUUACUUGGUCAAAGGCGACAUCAAAAGGCGUCAUAUCAGGUGGAAUAUUGGGCUUAUCAGCAUCGAUUUCUGGAAUGCUCAUUAUGGGAUCGACAUAUGAAGGCGGACUCUCAAACUUCUAUGUAAACACAGCCCAGGAUUACAGUCUCCUAACGGCAAUGUUGGCAGGGCUCGUUGUAAGCGGUGUAGUCUCUGUCAUUGUUUCCCUGUGCACACAUACUAUUCGUUCAGAGGCCGAUGCUAUUCUUGAAUGGGCGAAAACUAUUAAUAUUGACAACCCCAUACAUCCAUUCCGGCUUAUUUAUGAAGAAGAUUUUGCCAAAGCUGAAGUUGGGGACAUCAUAACGGCAAAGGUGAUGGACAAAGUAUUCAGAAAGACCAAACUCUAUGCUGGCGUGCUCGGAAGUAUAAGUUUGGUUAUAUUUGUCGUCAUUCUUCCGGCAAUAGCUCUUAGCUCUGGUGUCCUUUCAUUUGACGAAUUUACAGCCUGGAUAAAAGGGUUACAGAUCUACUGCUUCAUCUGUACGUUCGUAGUGGUUGUUCUUCCACCAUUCGAAGAAGGCUAUCAAAUUUGGCUCCAGUACCAGAAGAACAAACGAAAUGAAACGUCGUCAGUGUGCUCGACAAAACAACAAGACUUAAAUGGUGAAAGUUGCAAACUGUAGUUUUAUUACCGUUUGUUUUCUCAUAUCAGAGAAAUGAUAAUUCCCUAGUUAAAAAAGCGCAAAAAUAUUGCUAAUCGUUUUGAUCUGUACAAAAAGUAUGUGUUGUUUUGUUGUUGUUGUUUUGAUCAUUAAAGUAUAAUAAUGAAUUAAGAUUUAAAAAAAAGAAAAAUUGCAUUAACCUAUAAUGUGCCGCUUUAAUAUUUAUGAUUAAUUAAAAACCUUUUAGCUCUUUAAAAGUAGGCUAUAGCUUGAUUCGAAAAAAGCUUAGCUUCGUCUUGCAAGAUAAUCCAAUUUGAAAAUAAAGCUGAUUUCGUUACAUGAUAUGAAUUUUAUACUCUCGUCCAUAGUCAUAACGCACCACAUGGUUCUUCUUUUAAUGUUUCAUAAUUGAAUAUUCUUCGUAUAAACAAAAUGAAAUGCAUUCAAAGACAAUCAAACAUUGCAAGUAAAUUAACUCAUAUUUAAAAUAAGGCAUAAAACACUAUUUUAUGUGGUCAUUUUUGACUGCUCGUGAUGCGGCAUGAUACUAGUCUAUAACUCUCUUCAUAAAUGCUCAUUAAAAUUGGCUCACAAGUUUAUAAAAACAUGCCCAAUAUUAGUUCUCUUUUGGCUUUAUCUUAUCGUUAUGAAACUUGAAGACUUUAGUUACUGCAAUAUAAAAAAAAAAUCUAAGAUUUUCUAAAGUAAUUAUAAAUUCUAAAUUCAAUAUUUUAUGAGACAUAUGCAGUGUUAUCUGUUGUUGUUUUUUCAGUCGUUAUCUUGUAAGGUGGCAGCGAUAACCACUAGUAGAUUUAUUAACAAAAUAUUUAGUCUAAUUGGAAACAUUUAGACUGGCCGAAAUUUAUUCUCAGCAUUCGUGACUUAAAUUGUAUGCGUUUUAAACACGUGAAAUAGUGCUAAGGGAAGGCAGGAAGUAAAAAAUACCGCUCAAUGUAUGCUCAAUUUAAAAUAGACAAGUUAUAUGCUAACAAUCUAAUUGUUCGUGUUUUUGUAGAAAAUUAUUCAGAAAAAUAUGCCAUUAAAAUGCCUGAGUGAACCUAUAAUUAUACUUAAUUUUGCCGUUUAUGUAUAAAGUUAAUCGUUAUUUAUAUAUAACGUAAACUUGCUGUAUAACACAUUCACGUCUUGCAAGUUUUGGAAAUCUCGUCUUCAGUGGUUAUCAUUUGUCGAUAAUUUCUAGUAAAUCAAAUAAACCGAUAGUUUCAAACACAAAGUCACGAAGUUGACAUAUAGCUUUAAAACUUUAUAAAAUGUGAUGAGACACUUUUUGAUAAUGAGUUAGUUAAAGUGACACUCUUAUUCAAAAUCAAUACAUACACAUGUAUAACAAACAUAAAUUCUGACUGAUAAACCUUUAACAACUUACCAAAUAAUGCAUUAAUGGCAUAUAUUUAUUACGGAUAACAUGAGUGUAACCGUAUAUUUAAAAGCUGAAUAUGCAAAAAUAUUAAAGGAUUGGUGAAUGCUAAAAGAUUUACUCUGAUCUGAUAUCGUCUCAUAAGGUAGAAAUACCGUGUUUUAUGCACAUUUCUUUAAAAAUAAACUCGUUAUCCUUCAUAAGAACCAUUGUUUUCGACAUUUAUUAAUCCUGUUUCGAAUAUUAAAACAAUUGUAUUAAUUGUGGUAAAUCUUAUUUGGGAGUAAAAGUGCAUCUUUAAGUAUGUUAAUUGAUUGACAUUUAUGUAUUU